UUAUUUCCUUUGCUCAUACAAUCUUUAUCGAUGGCUGAUUCCGAUUUAAGAUCAUCGACCAUUGACACAUUUUAUAUGAUUUCAUUUGAUGCACCUCAUAUAAUAUCUGAACAUAUUUCUUCAUUAAUACCCUCAUUAUUAUCACUAACACAAGUGACGGAUAUUAAUACAAUGAAAGUUCGUAUUUCUGCCUUACAAUGCCUAGGGACAUUUCCAGAUACAAUUCCAUUUGAUGUUUUAUAUCCUUUUAAAACAAAAGUUAUUAAAGAGUUAGGGAAAGCUUUAGACGAUAAAAAACGAUUAGUAAGAAAGGAGGCAGUUGAUUGUCGUAGUAAAUGGUAA